AUGAUGAUGAUGAUGAUGAUGAUGAAGAUGCUGAUCAUCUUAACUGGGAAUCAUGGACUACAUGGAAGUUUACAAUGCAGUCCAGCCGAGUUCCGCCCCGCCCAAACCCGCCACCAUCGCACGCGUAAGAUCAGUUGUAAAAGGUUUCCCGUCCUUGAACAGGUCCAAGCCUUGCUGGAAAGAGCCUCAAAGAGAGGAGAAGAGUUUGUGCCGCAUGAACUAAGCAUAGGACCCAAAGUGCCGUUUUCGGCCAUCAGCUCCGGGUUAUGA